UAUGCUAACACAUCCCACACGUGUGAGUAAAGCCUUAUUUAUUCCAUGCGUACAGUUCUCUAGUAGUCACCUCCAUUAUCAGCAUACGUAUACUCAUAUAAGCCGCCUUCAAAUGGCUUCCUCUUCGUCUCACCUAAACCACCACCAACUUCCGAACAUCCACGAUGGAGCCACGGCGGCGCCUCCGCCAACUCCGUCAUUUACACAUCCCAACACAACCGCUAAAUCGGAGACAGCAGCAGAUGCUCUCUUCCACCUCUUCCACCGUCUCCCUCCGAAUCUUUCACUCCCCACCCGCCGCUCCUCCGUCGUCGCAUCUCUGCCGACGGUAUCUUUCCCCGCCGGAAGCUGUGACGAUCUCAUAUCCGCCGCUACUGAGUUCGGCUAUUUCAACCUCGCUAGUAAUGAUGACUCGGAUACAAUCAUCCCUUCUGGACUCGCUGAAGCGGCCGAGUCUGACUCGCUCGCGCUCUUAGAGCUCAGUGAAGAGGAAAAGGAAUCGUCGUUUCCAAAAAACUGGCCGCUUGGCUACGAAACCGAAUCUGAAACGCCGUCGUUUUGCCUAGACGCCGAUUGUUCGACCGAGUCGAGCGAAUUAAAGCUGAGUUCGCUGCGCGAGUUCACUCGGAGUCUCGAGAAAGUUGGACUGAAAACGGUAGAGAUGCUGGCGAGGGCACUCGGGUUGGAGAACCCGUUUGGAAACGACUCGACCCGGUUUAGUACCCUGAUGUGGCUUAACCAAGGUGUUCCCGAUGAUAAACCGGCGAUAACCAACGGGUUUUAUCCGUUUGUUGUCUGUUUACAGUAUCAGAUAAGGGAACAGAAGUAUUGGUUGCUGUCCGAGUCUGGUUGGGUGUCCGUAUCACCCCGAGUUAACUCGGUUCUUGUGACGCUCGGUGACAUUGCUCAGGUUUGGAGAAGUGGAAAGCUCAAAAGAGUGAGAUAUCGACCGGUUGUGUGCUCGGGACAACUUGAUGGUGCAAGAAAGAGUGUAACAAUGACAUUGAUGCUUACACUUCGCAUGGACAGUAUGGUUUCACCUUUGAAAGAUAUCAGUGACGUCGACAAAGAAGAAGAGUAUGCAGAGAAGCAUGAUGAAGAGGGUAGGGUAUUUCGGUCUUUUUGUUUUGAGGAUUACGCAUGGAGAGUGUACCAUGAACGUCUCUUCUUCAAGGAUCCACUUGACAGAUACAAAAUCAAGACUUAGACAGAUUUUGACAACUUAUGUUGAAUUUGCUUGUUUCCUUGAUUGCAUUGGUAUUUAAGGUCGAGUCUUUUUGUUAGUUUCAAAUUUCAAUAAAUUCGUCUGAAUUUUGUUUUUUAGAUUUGCGUCGGAUAUUAACAUUUUUGCAUUGGGAUG